AUGCAUCCAAUGUCUAUGUCGUUUGGUAACGAUCAACAGGAAGCAGUUGCAACUGACGGAGGUUUCAUUGCUAAUAAUAUUAUUUCUGAUUUUGAUCAGACUUGCCAAAACGGUAUUAUUAAUAAUGUAACCGUUGAAGGAAAUAAAUUGAACGAAACAGGCAAUUAUCAAACGGUUUAUUCAGAAUAUCAACCUUUAGUUGGAAGUUCGGUAGGCAUGACAGCACCAAUCGUUCCACCCGCUUCUACACCAGCUUCUUACCAACAAUUAAAUCAGAUGUCACCGCAACAAACAAUUGCAUCAGCAAGUCAAUUCGAUCAUAUCACAGUUAUGACAAAUUUGCAACAGCCGUCUGAUUUAUACACCGGAAUCCCCGGGAUCCCUGUAUCUUCAGUUUCUAAUGGGAUAGCUUAUACGAUUCCUAAUUCGACAAAUAAUGCCGCACUUCAAAUUUAUCCUCCGUCAGCAAUAACACAGCAAGUGCAGCAAUCGGUUCCAGCGCUAAAUGCAGUACCUCCGACAGCGAUGCAAAAUCGACCGGAUUAUAAUAGCAUGCAGCGCUUACAAACCUCUCGUGCCAAUAAUAGUCGAACCAAAACGACGACAUAUCCAUCCUUAUUGCCAGUAAGUGGACGUGGUUCCAACCGACAGAUUGCUAAUAUAUCUGUUGUUAAUGAUGAUGGACCAACCGUACGACAGCAUUUACAACAACAACACAGAGCUCGUCUACAACAACAAUUAGCUAUGCAGGAAAAAGCGAAAAUGGAUAAGGACGAUUUAAUGACCGAAUAUUCCGGUAUGUUGUCACCGGCUGUCGAUAAGAUGUCACCGGUAUCAACCACCAUGAAUUUGCCAACACCAGGUCCAGCAAAUAUGCUCGUAUCAGCACCUAUGAAUAUACCUGCAGCGCCAUCAAUGAAUAUAUCUGCAGCACCACCAAUGAAUAUACCUUCAUCACCAUCAAUGAAUGUACUCACUUCGCCAUCAAUGAAUAUACCUGCCUCGCCAUCCACAAAUGUACCUGUAUCACCAUCGAUGAAUAUACCUCCGUCGCCCUCCAUGAAUAUUUCACGUGUUUCACAGAUGCCGCCACGACAGCAAUACAUUCCUCGUUUGGCUCCUCAGAAACCACGAAUUAUGGCAGAUCGUGUUCGGCGAAUGCCGAUCUAUGAUAACCAUGCAUAUCAACCAACACCAUCGUUUUGCCCACAGAAGGAGCGUUCUGCUGAAAUUCAUGAGGAAGCCAUUCAGCGCGCGGCUGCUGUUUAUAAUCAAAUCAGAGGGCAGAAGUAUCAUCCACCUGGUGCUAAUCCUAGCCAGCCUAGAAAUAUGGCAUAUCCUCGAUCUCCUACCGCAACAGCUACUGCUGAGACAUCGGUUGAAGCUGCCCAGAAGAAAUCACCAGUAAGAAAAAGAAACCAUUCGAUGAUGUCAGCUUCACAGGUCCGUGUUACUGUACUUGGUACACAAUCAGAGCCAGCCACACAGCAAAUUAUUACAGAAAGUGACCAUGUCUUGCCAAUUCAUGGAAUUGCUGGUCUUCCGAAACAGUCUCGUAUUGAAAUGGUGGAAGCGGGACCUGGAAAAGAUGCUAUUCCUCGCACCGGCGAGGAGAAACCACCUUGGCAGUUCGUUCGUACAACUAACAAUGCUGUCGCCAUUGGUACAUCGCAAACAUUAGAAGAGGGCUCAAAGAAUGACGUUGGAAUAGAUCCCUCCAGUGCGCAGAAAUCAUUCUCUAUUCAGAUUAGUAAUAACAGUUUCUCUUUGCCAUCUGCCGAACCGCUUCUUACGGAACCAAUUGGUUCGUCUACCAGUUGUUCAGAAUUGACCAUGAUGUCUGGUCCAUCUGAUCUAGUCACAGGUCCACCUAUUCCUCCUGGAAAUGGUAAUCAUCUAUCUGAAUCAAUACGUGAGGUAAUGGCACAGGUUGAUGAUGACGUAUUAAACUACACACGUGAGGCGCAAUAUAUUCGUAAACUGUACUUUAUGAAGCGAUUGGUUGAAUCUCUUGUUAUUAAAAACGGCGCGUUGUGUGACGAAGUGUCACGUUUGAAUCAGCGUAUUCGAACAGUGAUGGAAGAAAGAAGAGUUUUGGCAAAACGAUUGCAGCAUCAUGAGCGUAAUCGAAUUCGUAGAAUUCAAACCAAGUUAAAGAAACAAGCAGCCGCUCGAGCUGCAAAAACGAAUGAAUCACAGUUAAUCCCCGUGUCAGCAACAAGUGGAACAGAAGGUUUACCAGCUGGUGAUAUCGAAACUUAUGAAAGUGACGAUUCUGAUAAGACAAUUGUUUCUAGCUGCGCGGCUUCCCCCAAUACGAGCGCGUCAAUGUCUCGUGUCGAAACGCCGGAACCAGCUUCACGCAAUCAAGAAUUCUUAUCGAAAGUGAUGCUUGUCAACACCGUCGUUCAGGACGGUGCAAAAUUUAAAAUAAAAAGUGGUAUGCGUCGUCAACUUUCAGCUAAACGUUCUCUUAUUGACCGCAAAGAAAAAAAAGUUUCGUCAAAUUAA